CCACAGUUUAACAGACAUAGAAGCACAACUGUUUUGCUGAAUGUUGCCAUUAGGUGGCAGCAAAUACUACGUCAGCGGCAGACAAUCUUUCCAUGAACACAUGAAGCUAUCUACAGUUACAUAAUGUUACAGUUCUCCUUUUUUAAUGUUUUUAUCUCCUUUCAAUGGUAGUAGAUAUUGUGCCAACUUUAUAUAAUGGCGAUAGUGUUGUUAUCGUUUGUAUUUUUGAGAUUUUCACUUCGAUGCAGGAUAAUAAAGCAAAUGUUUGACACGAUGUUUUACGUUUUUAUGCGUGUUUAUUUAAUUUGGCGCCACUGCAAAUUGAAACCAGUGAACUGUACUCCACCACACCGCACCCCUGAUUCUGCUGAUACUGCAGCCAGCUCAGUUACACAUGCAGUAGUAACAACCAGCAGUGUGUGCAGAGUGAUUUAUGCUGCGUUUUGCAGCUUUUGGAGUUUUUUAUUUUUCUUUUUGAAAAAAAAAGGCUUUAAUUUUGCCUGUUUCUGUGUUCAGUGCUGUUUAUUGGCAGAUUUUGUACCAGUAUGAGUCUGCCAGCCUCAGUGAACAUAAAAGCUGCAGAUGUAGGCUGUUUUUUUUUUUUCCUCCCUGGAGUUGCAGCAAUGGGAUGACUGCACUGCACAAAAGACACAAUGUGAGGCAGGAGCUGGGGUUUUUAUGCAUGCAAGCUUAUAUACUCUAUAGCAGAAAGUUAACGGUUACAUAUAAUGAUUGCUGAAACAAAAUGAUGCUACACAGAAAAUAACAGCAACUCUCCACCACAAACUUAGACACAACACAAGGCUGGGGUCCUUAGCAGGUAGUAGAAGACGGCAUAAUUACCAAGCCUAUCAAUUAUAAAAUUAGAUAUUUAUUUUAACUUUGGCUGGAUCAUUAACAGCUAUCCCAUGUGUGGGGCAGCCCUGCUGCCUUUUUUUUUUCCAUUUUGCACCACUCGGUUAGCAUGCAGUGUUUCACCAUAACCACCAGAGGGACCCUCCUGAGUUUAUUGUUCUCCCUGCUGUGCUAUGCUGCUCCCACUUUUCGCAUCCAGUCCAACACUGCAAACCAGCACCUGAGCUCAUCUUCACCUCUGCACUGCAGCCAUGGACACCACAGAAACAGUGUUUCCAGACCAAAGCGACUUCGAAUAUGUUCCAGCUCAUCUGGUACUCAAAUCCCAAAGACAGAAGUACCUCCUCCAACUGUAUAGGCAUUACAGCACAAGCUUGAAAAAAAAAAAAAAAACAGAAGCCCAUGCUAGCAAAUAGAUACAAGUAGAUCAGCUGUGUUGGUGGCCA